AUGGAACGCGUCAUGUCGGAGACGUUCGAGUACCUGGUGAACGCCCCGCCGGCCGCACGUUUCGGCAGCGGCUCUGAGCUCGUCUGGACGCAGCUCCGGCUGGCGUGCGACCGCGUGUUCCGGCCGAUAUUGCCCGUCGUCCGCGGGCUGUUCGUCAUCUGCGCGUCCGCGGCGCCGGUGACCGCGCAUCUCGUCGAAUUCGUAUUGAACGCGGCCAUCGAUGCGACCGAGUCCGGCAAGCCGCCGAAGUGCCUGAACGUGCGGGCCGCGUACGGCCGCCUGGCCGCGUGUCUCGCGGUCGCGACGCUGCUCGGGUGGCUGUACUCGCGAUUCCUGAUCGGUCCCGUGUUACGCACGGCCGUCGAAUUCGCGGCGUUCAUCGUUCGCAGGGUCCCGCGGGCAUGA